AUGGCUUUUUGCUUGGUUAAGUCGACAGCUAAAAAGCCUGAGUUGCCGACGAUUGAUGAGGUUUCUGAAUCUGAGGAGUCUUCACUGCUAGCCUAUCGCCGCUACUCCGGAGGCAUGUUGAACCUAUCAAAUCUGGACGACAGCAGCAGCAUUGGCUCCGAAUACCAGUACAGUCCAUCGAUCAUUCGAAAGCCGAACCGGAUGACCUGGGAUCAAGUCACCGAAAGCAUCAGGAGCCGACGCCGACCCUCUUUCUUUAUUCCGAAUAACACGCCUACAAACUACUCUUUUGAACGUUGGCUGGAGGAAACUAAAGAGCAUCACGAGAAGGUGAAUUUUGAAUGGGAUGUCGUAGCAUUAGGGUCCGACGUUUUUAAGGAUGAUUUUGACCGGGAAAAAGAAGCAGUGCCUCCUGUACUAUUUGAACUUCCCCCUAUGCCAGAGGCGGCCGAGAAGCAAGUGAAGCGGGGGAAGAAGAAGGAGAAGAGGGAAAGGAAGCGCGCUGAGAAAAAGGCGAAAAAGAGGGCGAUCAAGGCUGCUCGUUCGAAGGGAUGGUUCCAUGGUCUCGUGGCAACAGUUCGCAGCUGGUUC